AUGAAUCUGGGAUUUUGCACAAAGGUCUACAUCGGGCUUGUCCUGGCCCUUGGUUCUUGCGCCUGCAUCGCAACAUUACCUAGGUUUGCGUAUAUUGGAUACCUCAAGGAUCCCAGGGAUAUUUUCUUCCACACCGGGCUUGUUAUCUGGUCACACAUUGAGGUUGGAAUAUCUCUCAUGGCUUCGUCAGUGGCGACGCUACGACCGCUUUUCGCCCAUUUGAGAGGGAUGUGUUGUACUGGCCAUGGCCAGAGUGAGAAGUCAACCGGUGGAAUCUGGAUGAGCAUGGGCUUCCUGUCGAAGAACGUAUAG